GAUGUGAAGUUGUAUCAUCGGAGGACACAAAUAACAAAAAGGAAACAAAAAAGAAAAAUGGGUUUCACUGCACAGCAAGAUGCUUUAGUGGGUAGCUCAUAUGAAGCAUUCAAGCAAAACCUUCCUAGCAAUAGUGUUCUGUUCUACACCUUAAUAUUGGAAAAAGCCCCAGCUGCUAAAGACAUGUUCUCCUUUCUAAAGGCUUCUGGACCCACGCACAGUCCUCAACUCCAAGCCCAUGCUGAAAAGGUUUUUGGACUGACACGCGACGCGGCUGCUCAACUCUUAGCAAAAGGAGAAGUGACACUUGCAGAUGCCAGCUUAGGUGCUGUUCAUGUUCAGAAAGCAGUUGCUGACCCCCAUUUCGCGGUGGUUAAAGAAGCACUGCUUAAAACAGUACAGGCAGCAGUUGGGGACAAAUGGAGUGAGGAAUUGAGCACUGCUUGGGGAGUAGCCUAUGAUGGACUCGCAGCUGCAAUUAAGAAGGCAAUGAGCUGAAGUUGAAAUUUAUAGCCAUAAUGGCAUAAAUAGUUUUAAUAAUAAAAAUAAUAUGUACUCCAAUAAAACUUAUUACAAAUAAAUUCAAAUACGUUGAAUAUAAAUUUAUCUAUUCAAUUAAAGAUGUUUCUGGUUUCGCA